AUGCAAGACAAUCUGAAAGCUCAGAUUGGAUGGCUAAAAAAAAGCAGGGCUUUUGAGCCAAAACAGGAGCUUUUAAACCGAGUUUUAAGCCUUGAAACAACCGACAAAAGACAAAAAGUGGCAACUCAAUCACAAGGUAAAGCUUGGGCUCCAAACCCUGUAAUUGACUUGACUAGCGAGACCAGGGUCAGCAUGGUGGUGCCUGUCGUAGCUCAGCCGCCAAAUCGAUCCACUUUUAGUGCGGUGGGAAGCACCGAAGAAGAAAGCGUCACACCACGAUCUGGAAUCUCAUUUUCGCAUCCAACGGCUGUAAGGCCCUCAAAAGGACUCACAGAGUCCACUCAAUUAUCGCAGAAACCGACCUCACUCCCUGCCACUUCGUAUGUGGAAUCUGGGAGCACAACUAGCCAUCCCAGCCAUGAGUUCCAGUCAAGACUGCGAAAGGACUAUCCUAAUUUGCCGUCUUCAAGCUCUAUAGAGGUUAUAUCAUUGCAAGAAAAGGUUAUUGGACUGCUGGAGGAGAAAGCUGCGACAUUUGGACGGAGAUGCUCGAUUAUAGAGUCCACUUCUCUUUCAAAAGAUGCUCAGAGAGUCCAGAUUCAACAACUUGAACCUAGGCUAAUGGCACUGGAAGAAGAGUUGAAAUUACUCAAAAACACACUAAUUCUAAUGAAACCUGCGCAACGUGUUCUUGAAAGCUGUGCAAAUGAAAGUCGGCAUGAGCCUGCAAGCCAUCCUUUUAUUAGCGUGCCCGCUCCUAGUGUUUGUGCGCCGAAGCAGCAAGAUUCUCGGGUGGCACACCGCCAAACUACCAUAGAAAAAGAUCUCAUAACAGUUCUGGAUGACGAAGACGAUGAUGUCGACGAUGAUGAUGAUGAUGAUGAUGAUUUAGACAAAGAUAAAGACACCGGUCAUGAUAAAAUGGGCGGCAAAGGUCAACCUCCAUUUUUGGCCCCAGUAACAAAGUCUCGCGUGGUACCGACGAUACAAAAUGAUACAGAAGUGGUACGUGCGAGACCAUUGCGCAAGCAUAAGGCAAUCAAUUAUAAACUUCCUGAGAUGGAGGAUAGCUUGAACUACAACAUGAGGCCGUCGUUUUUGGCAACACAGCAGUCAGGAAGGGACGAGGAGGACACCACCAUGGAUGCAGAGCAAGAAGACUCGCAUUUUUUGCUCACUGCGGAGGAAGAACAUGAUGAAGCGCGAACUAGCGAUCGGGAGUUCGUUGAGGAUGGUCUGGAUAAUUUGCUAGAUGGAAGCGUCGAUGGAGAAUAUCAGGCAACUCAGGAUUCAAGUGCUGGUAAUUUAUCUCCGAGAGACCCCGAACUGAUUUCAGAGAUGGAUCAAAGUAUAAAUGUCCAGAUUAUAGGCUCGUCACCAAUUCAAGAUUCGCGCAAAGAUGCUGAUUCUCGUUCUGGGACGCCUGAGCUUGAUCUGACAGGGCCCAAUAACGCUCCCGAAUUCGAUACGAUAAGCGAAAGUAUACAGCAGACCUUUCCAACUCAUACUCAGACCACUUGGCAGCCUUCUACAUUGAACGCUGAGGUACUUGCGCUACGCGAUGAUGAUGUUGUACACGAUGACACAUUCACUCACAGCGACUCAGAGGAUUUCGAUGACUUUGAUGCUGAGAGGGAAAAUUUGACUCAAGGGGCCAAUGUUAGGGAAGUAGAUGACGACCUAAGGAUUCUUUCAGAGCAAAGAAUAGAGAAUUCAAACAGGUUGAGUCCCAACGUCAAGCGCGAAAUUAUCGACGUAGACUCAGUUUUCAAUGUUGACGAUCAAACAUAUCAGCUAUCAAAGAGGCAAGGAGACGUCACCAAAGAAUCACCCGUUCAAGACGUGGAAGAACCCAAAUAUCCCUGGACACAUGAGGUUUUGUAUCGCCUCCAUCAUUCUUUUAAGCUGCCAGGAUUUCGCUUCAACCAGCUCGCUGCGGUUAAUGCUACUUUGGCCGGUAAAGACGUUUUCGUUCUCAUGCCGACAGGUGGUGGUAAAUCCCUGUGCUAUCAACUUCCAGCUAUCGUAAACUCGGGCACAACAAGUGGCACCACCGUUGUCAUAUCACCACUUAUCUCUCUUAUGCAGGAUCAGGUUGCUCACCUGCUGGCCAAAAAUAUCAAAGCGUGUAUGUUCAGUUCGAAAGGCACAGCUGACCAGAGGCGGCAAACGUUUAACCUAUUUAUCAAUGGCUUACUUGAUCUCAUUUACAUCUCUCCAGAAAUGAUAAGUGCUUCUGAGCAAUGUAAGAAAGCAAUUGGAAGAUUGUAUAGAGAUGGAAAGUUGGCGCGGAUUGUUGUCGAUGAAGCUCACUGCGUAUCGAAUUGGGGACACGAUUUCAGGCCGGAUUACAAAGAACUGAAGUAUUUCAAGAAACAAUAUCCUGAUAUUCCUAUGAUUGCACUCACAGCUACGGCAAGCGAGCAGGUAAGACUUGACGUUGUUCAUAAUUUAUGCUUGAAGGAUCCCGUUUUUUUGAAGCAAAGCUUCAAUAGAACUAACCUAUACUAUGAGGUGCUUAAGAAGGGCAGAGAUACAGUCUCUUCUAUAUGUGCCGAUGUUAAAACACGGUUCAAAAAUCAAACAGGUAUCAUAUACUGCCACUCUAAAAACGCUUGCGAGCAAACAGCAUCUCUAAUGCAAAAAAAGGGUAUCAAUUCAGCUUAUUACCAUGCUGGCAUGGAACCGGAUGAGAGAAAUCAAGUUCAACAAGCUUGGCAAGCCGACAAAAUUCGAGUUAUCUGUGCGACGGUUGCAUUUGGAAUGGGUAUAGACAAACCGGACGUUCGCUUCGUUUAUCAUUUAACAGUGCCAAGAACUUUGGAAGGUUAUUAUCAGGAAACAGGGCGUGCAGGGAGGGACGGAAAAUACUCGUUUUGCAUAAUGUACUAUACCUUUCGUGAUGUGCGUACCAUGCAGACUAUGAUUCAGAAAGACAAGAAUUUAGAUAGAGAUAAUAAGGAAAAGCAUCUCACAAAGCUCCAACAAGUCAUGCAGUAUUGCGAAAAUGUUACCGACUGCAGAAGAAAACUGGUUUUAUCAUAUUUCAAUGAAAAGUUCGAAUCCUCACUCUGUAAAAGGAAUUGUGACAAUUGCAAGAAUAGCCUUAAUACUACCACUGAAGAACGAGACAUUACCGCUGAGACCAAGCACAUAUUGAAAUUGAUUUCACAAAUACAAGAUGAGAAGGUAACGUUAAUACAUUGUCAGGACAUUUACAAAGGGUCGCGCAAUUCAAAAAUUGUUCAAGCGGGCCACGACAAGCUGAGCUACCAUGGUCAGGGGAAAAACAUGUCGAAGUCAGAAAUAGAAAGAAUCUUUUUCCAUCUGAUAACUAAUCAGGUUCUGCAAGAGUACCCUGUGAUGACCGGACGAGGAUUUGCUUCAAACUAUGUGAAAGUAGGAAUCAAGGCACAGCAGGUUUUAACUGGAAGAAUGAAGGUGUCGAUGCAUUUUGUCACUUCUAAUGUUGAUUCCUCUAGGGCGGGGUCUGCUCCUCCUGGUCAGAUGACAGAAUUGAAUGGGAAAACGUCUCACGAUGGCACCAAUGGCAAUGCUGGUGCCAUGGCAAGGACAGCGGGGCUGUCUAGCUAUAGCCGUCCAAUCUUGAAUCACUAUGCAUAUGAUGAUGACAACGGCCCGUCGGAAGCAAAAUCCCACAAUCGCUCAGCGUCGCCCAUAAUGAUGGAAGAUACUACAAGCCAUUUAACAGCUGAGGAACAGCUGAGCGUUACGGUAGCAUAUCAAGAGUUAAGGCAAAGGGCGAUGCAAGUUGCCAGCAAAGCUGGUUAUAAUUCUUUUAUGGGCAUAAUCUCCGAGCAAGCAUUGAAAAAAGCUGCAGUUACGUUGCCGAGUUCUCUGGAGCAAUUUCGGCUGUUACCCAAUUUGACAGCUUCUCAACAGCAAAACUAUACGCACUUUCAGGAGCUUCUUACAGUUUUACGGUCCAAACGCCGCUCUUUGACUAGUCAAAAAGCGUCUCAAUCAGAUCCACAUCAGGUCCCGGGUGUUUCGCCUUUUUUCCAAAAUUCUCAAUUCAUGGAGGAUGCAGAAAUGCAGCGACGCAAUGAAGAAAUUUUACAGCAGAUACGUCAAUCUGCUUCCAUCGAGAUAAAUCCUAACGUUCUAAGUCAGAAAGUUAGAAGUAGCCAGUCUAAGACAAAACGAGGUAAGAAAACCAAAUGGCCUGCAAAAAAUUGGGCAAGAAGGCCAUGA